CUCUCUCUUCUUAUCCCCGAGGUUUUUUCCCCCACGAAUAGGAAAAACCCUCUAUGACUGAUGGGUUCGUGUUCUGCAGCAAGCGCAAUUUCUAGAAUUUCUCCUUUAAUUCGUCUCGUUAAACCCUAUUCUACCCAGUUUUCCCCCAUCACCUGCUUCUUCAACAGAACCCAGAAGCCAAAGAAAUUUCAUCAGUUUCGGGUGUUCUCGAUGGCGUCGGAGUCGAAGGAGUCGCCGGCGAACAAUCCCGGUCUCUCUGUGACUCGUGACGAGGCUACAAAAGGAUAUAUCAUGCAGCAGACUAUGUUUCGGAUCAAGGACCCGUCAGCCAUUGUUAUGUUUUACAUUAUUAUUUUCAGAUUACUGAAGAGGCUGGACUUCCCCGAGAUGAAGUUUAGCUUGUACUUCAUGGGGUAUGAGGAUACUUCAUAUGCUCCAACUGAUCCAGUUGAGAAAACAGUCUGGACAUUCGGUAGACCUGCUACUAUUGAACUUACGCACAAUUGGGGUACCGAGAGUGAUCCAGAGUUUAAAGGGUAUCACAACGGGAACAGCGAGCCUCGUGGUUUUGGGCACAUCGGGGUUACAGUUGAUGAUGUUCACAAGGCAUGCGAAAGAUUCGAAAAACUCGGAGUGGAGAUUGUGAAGAGACCGAACGAUGGAAAAAUGAAGGACAUAGCGUUCAUCAAGGACCCCGACGGCUACUGGAUAGAAAUCUUUGAUCUCAACACUAUCGGGAAAACGGCCGUGAAUGCAGCUUGAGAAGGGUAAUACCCGAGUCAUCCAUGAAAAGUCUCGAUCCACUCCGACCAGUGUUUUAUGCUCUUUCUUCCGCAUGAGCCUGUCGUGAUGAAUAAAGAAACAUGGAACGUGAUGUUAUCUUGUGCUAAAUCUAAGAUAUAUCUCUUUUUACAGAAUCUGAUGUUAGAUUCAAUGAAAAAGUUGUACGAGAUGAGGAUAUUAAUCAGCAAGAAUCUGCUGGAUAAUAUUACAUCAUAAAAUCUCCUUAUAUCAUUGAUUUGUUUCCUUGA